AUGACUCAAUUGAGCAUUUCGUCACUGAACGGUGAGAUUCGCGAUAUAGCUGAAAAACUGGAUGGCAUUUUCUCGGAUCCAGAUAGCAUUUCGGCCACCAUUGAAUGUGAUCCUAAGCUUCGACUUUCAGAUGCAACAAGCGGAAAAGAAAAAUCAACUGAUGUUCAGGCCCUUUUAGCACAAGAUACGCUUCUAAGUGAUCAGCUUGUGGUGUGCCGCGAGCUCGGCUUAGUAUCAGAUUUGCUGGAAGAAGCCAAAAUGAAUCUUCAGUUGUGUGAACUAGAAAACUGUUUCUAUUCAUUGCAAAACAUACGCAAGAAAGCUACUACAAUUGAUUUCCAAAGGCUGCCGGUGCGGUUUGAACAAGACUUGAAAUUGCACUUAGACGAAAUGCAUGCUCAUUUGGUCACCCGCUGUGACGAUGUCAUGCACCACUUUUGGAAGGUCGACGACUGUCACAUAACGUUCGUGCCAUCUACGGCAAUUGGCACGGAUAAGGUUGAAUAUCAAUAUAGCUACUUUUCUCAGUUUCUGAAAACUUGCUUCUUUCCAAACGGCAGGUUCGAACCUACAAACUGGUUUAUAUCAUCGCUCAGUAUGACUGACACCAAGGAGGCCAUCACAAGACAACUUUCAGCACUCUUUACACAAUACAUUGAACUCGAGGUGGUACAGGAAAGGUUGAAGGGAAUUUUAUUUUCAGAUAGCGUGUUUUUGGUGUACAAAAAUGGGUCUACACUGGAGGUUACAACCAAAAAAUGUAGCCUGGAUGAUACAAUGGGCAAAUACUCCGUUGUUGUACAAUUUCUUUUACGGACGCUCACCAGCGAUGAUAGAGAGAUUAUUUUGUCGCGCUUGGGUAACACACUUGCCGUUGAAGUUCUUAAGUUUUUCAAACAAAAUUCAACUUUACUGCUUUCGCCGGGCAGCGAGCAAAAGGAACAGCUCUCGAGGCUCAAUGAUGAUUUAAAGCAUUUGUCGAGUAGUACAAAAGGUGAUUGGUCAUACAACGGUACAGAACUGGAUUCUAUGCUAAAUGACGACUCUGUGAUCAACAAUGUCAAACUGGAUAAACUGUUGCAAUCCGAAAUUGUGAGGAUAAGAGAGACUUUCAGCACCUCAAGCUGGUCAAAAACCUCUGUGGUCAAAGUCCCCGUGCAAGGAUCAGCUCAGGUCAAAAGAGAAGAACCCGCCAAAGUCACAGAUGAUAGCUCAGAAGACGAAUGGAAUUGGGGAAACGAGGUCGAUUUUCCUGAAACCCAUGAUGACGAAGAAAAUGAUGGAUGGGGUGACGAAAUCGAAUUAUCUGUUGACGAUAAUAAUGAGCCACUUGAUAGUUCGAUACCGAAAGUGCCCAAAAACAGUGUUGAAAAAGACGAUUGGCAGAGCAGCUGGGGUGAGACUGAGAUCACAGAUGAAGAGGAUACUGGUGAAAGAAAAAUAACUCAGCUACCUGCUUUAUGUCUUCAAAUUCUUAGUGACUUUGAAACUGGAUGUGACGAGAUUGGACGAGAGAAAAUUGAAAUGAUUGUGGACUACAAGAGAAAUUUACUGCUGACAUCUUUCAUGGCAAUGUGUGUUUGUAAAUGUAAGGACUGGUGGCAGCUUCACCAUGAUAUUGAGUAUAUUCUUACAAAAUGUCCAAACCAACGAGUCAUUUUCCGGUUAAAAGAACUCGACGCGCAUUUUGUUCAAACGCAUGUGGACAACCUGAAGAAAACUGUCCAAACAUUAAUUCAACAACAGUUUCGCAACUUCCAAGCGAAUGAGAAGGCACCAAAUUGGGGCAUCACUAUUGAGUCUUUGCUGCCAUAUCUGGAGACCGUGGCACUUCCAACCGUCUUCAAAUUGCAUGACCCGCGAGUCUUGAGCGAUUUUGUGGAGUAUGUCUACGCAGACUGUUUUGUCGCCCAACUUAUGUCUUGGCGUAUGAUAUCGGAGAAAAACUCCGAGAAUCUUGAGGAAAUGAUCAAACUGCUUCUUGCAAGCACGAAGCACCCCUCAUUGCAAGAAGACCAGCGGUGUAAACAGUCGCGCGAAAAACUUGCAGUGAUCGGUGAUGUACUCACUGCUCAUCUUACAGACAUUAUGGAUAUGUUUUCUAACGGUGACUUCUACUUGUUCUCUACUGAUGAGAUCGUCCAAUGGAUAGUGCUACUGUUUGCCGAUACCGGAUUGAGACGGGAAUGUCUCGAUGAGAUACGAACUAUACGUCAGGAGCAACAAGAAGAUAGGUAA